GGGGCGUGUGUGUUUGGGGGAACUUGAGCGCGUGAGGAGGGAGUUACUAAAGUUUUCAAAGAGGUUUGGCACGUAUUGUACUGGCUAAACCGUUUACGCACAAUCUGGGAUGCAUGCUGACACGUGGUUGAGUUUAUCCCUGGAGGUGUUCUUGAUUUUAAUAACUUUGGGACGGGAAAUAAUGGGUUAGAAAGCAACGGCAGAAACUUGGGGUUGACUUUAUAAACGCAGAAUGAGUUUGUGAAGCGCGGACACCUUUCUGGAUGGACAUGCGGAGACAGACACCUUUGCUGUUGCUGCGUCUCGGGUUGGCGCUCUGUGCAGUGGGGUUGUGCGUGCAUGUUUACCUGGAGAUGAACUCGAGAGAUGCGGCUGUAACGAAGCAGGAAAUCACCACUCAGCCCAACAGAACCAAGGACGAGUCUGGAGAGGCCCCAGAGGACAGGAGCGUGAAGCAGAGAAUAUCUCAUGUGAGGACGUUAAAAAAGGAGGCCAAAACUAAAGAUGUGCACUCAGCUCUCCAACAUCGCAGAAAGUCUCCUCGGUGGCAUAUCGACAUAGAGCCCUGGGCCAGUGAGAGGCGUUCUCUGGAGGAUGAAGCCAGGAGGUUUCUUAAGUACAUCACAACCCCUCAGGUGCCCUGUCUCUCAGAGGGAGGUGAUGAAGCUAUGCUCACAGAUGCUAAAGGAGCUUGGGCAGUGUGCUUGGAUCCACAGUACAGCCUCACCCAUAGCAUCAAGGGGAAACACUGCAGGGUUUACUCUUUUGGUCUAGGGGCAGAUGACUGGUCCCUGGAGCAGUCCCUGGUCAGAUCAGGAUGUGACGUUCACUGUUUUGACCCGAGUUUAAAGCAGUCCCACCUCCAAAAGGCCAAAAUGUGGCUCCAUCGAUUAUCAGUGGACUGGAGGGAUCCCAACCCUGCUUUAGUGGCCCAGCACCAACAUGCCAACACCAAGAAGCUAGCCACUAUCCUCAACGACUUCGGCCACAGACGGGUGGACAUGCUGAAGGCAGACAUGGAGAGUGCGGAAUGGAAGAUCCUGGAGAACUUGAUUCUGGAGGGAGUGCUGGCCUCUGUGGGACAGCUGCUUUUGGAGGUCCACCUGCACUGGGCUGGCUUCGAGGUUCCAGGAGAUGAGCCUUCCGUGGUACGCUAUUGGUUCAGUCUGCUCAAAGAACUAGAACAUGCAAACUUCCGCCUCUUCCACGUUCACAGCAACCCUUCCAAACCUCGAGUGUUUCUACACAAGAAUAUCUUUAACGCAAGCAGUGCCUAUACUUUAAGUUGGGUGAACACACAAUGGCCCUGACUUGCAUUAUCUUUUCUUGGCCUUUCUGUGCAAUGCUAAAAAGUGUUGGCCUUGCAGUAACCCGAGCCUUGUGGAGGCCCAAUGAAGUAAUUACCUUAGCAGAUAGUUCAGCAGCGUGGAGGUGUUUGGCUGCAGGUCAGCUCAUAGUCACUGUUGCCAUGUCAUUGUGCCCUGGCCCACUUUCUCUAUAGACGCAUAUCACUGCCGCUGGCGUGCAGUUUGCCACAGCACACAGAGGACAAAUCAAAGAAAUAGAAUAAAUGUGAGGACUUGUUUGAGGAAAAGCUCAUACAGACUUUGAAAGAUUCUAUAAAAAUACAAUUAUGCCAGUCAAAUUUAUUUUAUGUAAAAUGUUGUAAGAAAUGUAAAUACAUAAGAAAACUGUUAAACUGUAUAUGAGAAUUAAAAUUAAGAGAAAAAUAAUUCAAUAAUUGAAUUUCUUUAGUGAAUCAAACGUCACUCAACCUUUCAACAUAGAAAUGUGAUGUAGAAACUUGAAUGAAAUGAACCACUAAGUAAAAUAAAUGGCACAUUCUCUGUACAACCAAAGU